AUGGCACUACCUGAUUGGCAACCAGCACCAUACCCUGCUCCCGCCACUUCCGACAUUGUUAAAAUAAGCGGUCUUUUCAAAUUCCAUUCUUUUACCUACUUCGACCGGAGCAAAGUUGGGGCAGAGAAAGAAAUGGUGUCCACGCGGCGGCGAAGAGCCCGAAGUGUCGCCAUCGCUGCGGAGGAAGGAUCAGAUGGAGGGAGUCCGAGUUCGGAAUCGAUUCCAGUUUCUGGGUAUGAAGAAUUGAGAGACCAAAGAAUCAAAGAGAAUAAAGAGAGAAUGGAGAAAUUAGGGCUUCUGAACCUCUCUCUCAAGCUCAAGGCCUCCAACAGAAACCCUAGAAAUGUUUCUUCCGAUGCGAAAUCUGCCAGACCGCCGCCCUCUGAUUCUCAAUCCCAGAGGCGUUCGUCCAGGUUGAAGACUCUUGCUCCAGUUAGCUAUGCUGAGACUGUGGUGGACAGAAAGAAGCGGGAAUCCUCAAAGGUGGUCGAGAUUCAAUUGAAAGAAGGCUCACAGCCAGAGAUUUACACGGAAGAGCAUGAGAGGCUUCUGGGUAAUUGGCAGAAGGAAUGGACUUUGUCCGUGGAUGGAUAUGGUGAAGACGGGAAGCGCAUACUUGAUCCAGUGAAUGGACAAACCUGUCACCAGUGCAGGCAAAAGGCACUGGGUUUGCACACGACUUGCUGCAAAUGCAAGUUGGUCCAAGGUCAGUUCUGUGGAGACUGCUUAUUCAUGAGAUAUGGAGAGAAUGUGAUUGAAGUCAAUCAGAAUUCAGAAUGGAUCUGCCCUCCAUGUCGGGGUAUAUGUAAUUGCAGUCUUUGCAGGAAGGAAAAGGGUUGGUUGCCAACUGGUAAUCUUUACAGGAAGGUUGGUACAUUACUUUUGUUGGUUACUCAUCUGGGUUUUAAGUCCGUGGCACAUUUUCUCAUUCAAACCCGCCGUGGCCCAUCUCAUCCAGAAGACUCACCUGCUGAAGAAAUGCAGCAUUCCAUUCCCUUACAACUUGAGAAUGCAUCUGAGCACCAACUUGGAGUCUCUGAUGCUCAACUUGCAGAUCGCAGUGGUAGCAAAGAAAGAGUGGGCGAUGACGAUGAGGUUAAUGAAGUGAAAGUAAAGAUGUAGGGUGGAGCAGCGUGUCCUAAUAGUUUUGUGAAGCUCCAGAGUGAAGCUUCUAAUUCUAUCAUGGUCCCUUGUCAUAUAUUCAAACAAUGCCGAUCGUUCUCCAAAUCAUGCUUCUGUAUAUGGUCUCAUAGGAUCACUAGCUCUAUGAGCAUUUUGCUAAAGGAAGCCUAGAUGCAAGUUCAUGGGAUUCAAAAGUUGUAAAGAUAAAAACUAGAAGAAUGAAUGAAAAUAUCCCUUGGUUGGUAUUUCCUCAAAAACCUUGAAGGUUCCCAAUGAAUAAUCAAAUUCCACUGACUAAAUUACAAAGCUGAUUGUGAAGUGAAAGACUUUUACAUGAAGAGAUUUUCCUUUACAUUGGAGUACAGCCCUUGAACUUGAAGAGACUACUGCCCGAGACUUGAAACCUCGCGUACCAAGAGUUGAGAGUUCCUCCCAGCAAAUGCCACCAUGUACCCACUUUGCCACGGCGGCAUCGGAACAUGGAUCGAAGACAGGAUUGCUGUCAUCGGCUGCAUUGGCCAGAAGGAUACGAUUCAUGUUUGUUAUGGACAUCAAGACAACCACCAUCGUCAUCGUGGACGCCGUUCUCGUCCUCUCGGGCGCCCGCAUUUUCCCCAUCACGUUUAGACCGCCACGAUACGACACUCAAAGAGAUGAUGGAU